GCCUCCCUGCUGUUAAACACCCACGGAAAGUGUCGGGGAACAGUUUCGGCUGUUCGUACCUGCAGCAGGUCUGAUUAAAGCGCGCUGGGUUUGUUUUCAGGAUGCACUCGGACACAGUGGACAAAUCCGCGUCGCCAAGGAAACGGAUCGUUUCGCGCGGGAUGAGUGAAGAAGAGUCUCUUCGACACGUAAUCGAGGCUGAAGAGUCACCCAAGCGCUUAACUCGCCGAGACAGCAGAUAUGGAUCUCUCAGGAGGGGAGACACAAGAGGAAGUCAGAGUGAAGAUGAGCCUGUAGAGAACACAUCAUCCAUGAUGGAACUACAGCAGAACUACGAGAUGUGCUUAGCAGAACUACACAGCGUCGAGCUGCGGCAGGAAGUGUUGCUUUUCCAGGUAGAGUGUCUCCAGGAUGCUCUUGAGGGAGCUGAGGAGAUGCUCACUGAGACCAAGAGGGAGGCGGAUCAGUUCAGCAUGGAGCUGGAGCGAGAAAGGGCACAGAGAAGGAAAUUGGAGGACACUGUUGCAUUGCUGACACAGGAGUUGGAGCGGUUAAAGGAGGAGAAAAUUUCAGUUCCAGCUGAAAGUAUAAUACAAGACCAGAAAGAAGCUGUUGACAUGACCGCUCAUGCUGCUGUUGAAGUGGAUGAAUGUGGACCUGAAGAGACACUUGAUAAAUCAGUAGACACAGUAUCACCGCCUGCAGGCUCUCCAAGCAGUUUUGCUACUUUUGCUGCUGCAACGUAUCUGCUUUUCAAGAACAGAAAACUUGUACCAGAUUUAUCCAAACAGUCUUCUUUGGAAGGAACUCCGGUGGACCAAGAAGCUAAAGCACACAUGGUUGAUUCUGAACAGGCUGUACCGGAGGGAAGCAGCCAGAAAGCUCAUGAUGCUGAAGAUAAUGAUGAGAACAGUGGCUAUGAAGACGCACAAUCAGAUUUUUCACCUGGUUCUUCAACUCCUGAUGAGCCUUCAGAUGCAGUAUUGCAGGAAGGUGGGGAGAGCGAACCGAAGACCAUCGACGAGGCCAGAAAUGGAAAAGAUCCAGAUGCCUGUCUUCUGUCUUAAAGUGCAGAAGUGUGGAAUCUGUCGGAGACUGACUUUAGUCUGAAUUCCUGCCGUUUUUCAGAAAGGGCAUUUUGUAGUUAGCCAUGACUUCUGAAACUAUCCUUUAGUGAAGCCCCCUCAUUAAUAUUCAUUUACUCUGUGCCUAUCUUUUUUUUUUUUUUUUUUUACUGGCAUAUGUUGCUAUUUAAGGCUGGCUGCUUUUUAUCACAACUUGACACAUCACUGGAGUGUAUGGGGUGGGGUGGGGAUCAGAGCUUUUUGGGCUGGAUACCAGAAAUUCUCAAGAAUUCGAACGAAGAGUGACUUGGCUGUAUUUUAUAUUACUGAAGUUAGGAGAAAUGUCACAAAAGCUACAACUGCCACCCCACCCCCCACCCCCCAAUUCAACCUUCACCUUUUGUACCUGUUUAUACAAGUUGUACAAAUUCUUAAAGAUUUGCACCUUUUUAAGGUUAUGUUCAUCGUUAUGAAUUAGAUACGAAGAUUUCAUAUUGGCACAUCACAGUCAUGACUUAAGAUGUUAUCACGGUUUUCAAUAUUAUCACCAUAUAAUAUGAGGGCAGCAUUUUUGUCUUUUUUAAUUGUUCAUGGAACGCUCUCAUUUGGUGAACACUUAUCAUAUAGUCUUCUACAAGAAGGAAGAAUCUGAUGCCUUCAAAUUUGUCCAAGAUUUAAGAACCUCAAGACAGCUGUCUUUACACUGCCUUCUUAAUCGGACGAACUUUGUCUAAGGAGUGUAAAUGCUGCAUUGAAAUGUGAGCGACCUUGAGAUAAAGCCGUACAGACUGGCGUGAGCAAUCGCAGGAAAACUGUUUUGAAUAAACAAAGGGAAAGGACAAGGAUGAUGACUUGACUAGCAAGCUAGCACCAACUUGUGGUGAGUGAUAUACAUAAUCUGAUGGAUUAAAUAUAUAUAUUUUGCAUGCUAAGUCACAAUGGUCUGUCAUGACAAAUUACUUGAAUGAAAAAGCAGGAACGCUGAACCUAAUCUAAUGGCUUUGUUUUACGUCCUUCAUCUUCAGUAAAAAGUUUAUCCUGGUCAGGGUUGUCGUGGAUCCAGAGCUUAUUCCAGGAGCACUGGGCGUGAAGUAAGAAUGUGUUCUAGAUGGGGCACCAGUCUAUUUCAGGGCACACGAUCAUUCAAUUUGGUCUAGCCAAUCCACUUAGCAUCAUGUUUAUGGGAAGUGGGAAAUAAACCUGAGAACCCAGAAGAAAAUCACACAUGCAUGGAGUGGAGUGCAUUACAUUACAGGCGUUUAGCAGACACUCUUAUCCAGAGUGAUGUACAACGUACCCAGAGCAGCCUGGGGAGCAGUUAGGGGUUGGGUACCUUACUCAAAGGCACUUCAGCCAUUCCUGCUGGUCCAGGGAAUCAAACCUGUGACCUUUUAGGCCCAAAGCUGCUUCUCUAACCAUUAGGCCAUGGCUUCCCCCAUGCAAAGUUAGAAUAAUAUUUCAAAUUACUUAAUGUUGGGUAACUCUCUCUCUGGGACUCUGCUCACGUUUUAUGGCCGUACAUUUAUUUUUGAAAGACUCAACAUCUGCCCAAGCAGGGAUUUCAUAAUUAUCACUGAAGUGGCUGGAGCUAGAUACUACUGAAACAUUCUACCUGCAAAUCCUGCCUAAACCGAGAGCCUGCUCCAUUUUUUUUUUUUUUUGAAUUAUAUAUGACUAUAUUUUGAGUUCAUGGUAGUAAUUUUUAAUUUCCCUGAGGGAACCCUCCCAAAGGAAUCAAUAAAGUUCUAUCUAAUCUAAUAUUGAAUAUUACAAUAUAACUGAUUUUUCACACGUCAGUUAUUAACUGCUGGCUAAACUGUACAAUGACUUCAUUUAAUUUUAUAUUAUAGAAAGUAAGAGUAUGAACUUGAGUGAUCUACUUGGUUUACUUUCCUUCCUUGAUGCUGCCCUUCACGACUGUCUUACUAUACUUAAUGCAAUUCCAGAAGCGUUUUGUAUUUUCUCAGGAUGGAUGUCCAGAAAGCUGUUAUCGUAAUGUAGCCAGACCAAAUCGAUUCCCUGAUGGGUCAUGUGAAAUACAUAGCUUGCAUGCUUUCAUUGGCUUGCAUCAAUUUAUCUCAGUGGAAUUUGAAUCAAUCAUUAUCUUAAACGAUCAUCUUGGAUUAUAGCGUCUUUUUAGUUUAGGUAUUUUUGUAAGCCCACUGAAUCACUAGUGACCACUGCUUUCAAUUUGCUUCACGACAUGCAGCCUGUUAUUUCCUACUUUACGUCCGAGCUUGUUAAUGAAGAAAGAUGGAUGCAUGGUGUAGGAAAGAUCUCAUGAGGAAGGAAAAAGAAAUGCAGUGAUUCUGCAAAUCGCUACGGACAUCACAAUUAAAUGAAUGGUGAGAAUAAAACGGGAGAAAAAAUUUCAUAUGUUCACAUUUUUCCUGUGUCAGAAUCAGGAAGAUCCAUCCAGUAAACACACAGGCCUACAUCAUGAUGUAAAGUUUUCUGUAUGUUGUCAGAAAGCUGCAAAUACCCCCCCCCCCCCCCCCCCCAAAAAAAAAAUAAAAUCAUAUCGCGCUGUAAAUGCUAUGUGGAAUUUAUUCCCGUGUCAAGGUCUUAACUACUACUUUUGAAUUGUUAAUUUUCCAUUUAUUCCUUUAGCAGAUUUUUGUCAUGGGGGGGGGGAAUUCAACCAUAGUAUUUUAUGUGAGUGUGCACAAUUAGCCAUGACCAACAUUUUCUUUUGAUAAGUGUGUUUUGAAAAGCGGGUGUACGAGACGUGCCAUCAGAACACUAACCAGUGGUGGGUUUCCCAAAAGCCUCUUGACACUAAGAGCAUCUUAACUAGGAGAGAAAGUGUUCAUUGGGCUGCUCGCUCUACCAUUAAAUGAUGAUCUUUGUGCUACGAUGCUUCUGGGAAACUCGGCACAGAAUAUAAAAGCAACGUUUCUAAAAUUAUGCUCGGAAGGCAUGAGAAUCCUGUUUGGAUGGAAUGGAAGUGUACUUAAACUUGCGACCUUGUGGACAUUAGCAUAAAGCUACAACCGCUGAGCUUCCACAGCACUUAUUUCUCAUGUACAAACAUGUUAGUCGGAACCAUAUACGGAAUUAAACUUGUGAAUGAACUCGUAAGCAUAUUUGCCACUGGCCUUCCAAUAAUAUUAUAUUGUUAAAUGAGUGAUUUUGUUAUAUUAUGAAUUUUGUAUCCUGCGCCUACUGUCUUUUACAUGCUUGUAUUGUUCUAUGCUGGUCAUUAUUCAUCAAGAAGGCGGCUGUUCUGAUAUUAAAUUGUACAAAUGCAAUCAAUUGUUUAUCCUUUUAUCAUAUCACCUUUAAAUAAAAAUGCUACAACCAGCAUGAAA